GCCGGCCACCUGAGCGCGAACCUCAUCGGCGAGUACCGCGCCAUCUUCGCGGCCUGCGACACGGACGGCAACGGCACGCUCGACGCCGAGGAGGUGCGCGGGGCCCUGUCGCGCGCGGGCCAGAAGUGCAGCGACGCCGAGGUCCAAUCCCUCAUCGGCGAGGUCGACAAGAACGGCGACGGCGUCGUCGACUUCGCGGAGUUCCUCCGGCGCCAGUCGACGCGCGUGCUCUCCGCGGACCAGGUCGCGCACUACAGCGACCUCUUCGACUCCUUCGACAUCGACGGCAACGGCGGCAUCGACGUCCAGGAGCUCUUCCACGGGCUCCGGGGCCACCGCGGCGGCGUGACGCUCGCGGACUGCCGGCGCUACAUGGCCAAGGUCCCGCAGGACGACGACGGCUGCAUCGCGCUGCCCGAGUUCCUGCAGAUCAUCGCCAUGCAGGAGAUCGUC